AUGGAUUCCAAAAAAAACAUUAUUUUCUUUAAAAAUACCAAAGAUUCAAAAAUUAAUAUCAAGCUUCAAGAAUGGUUAAAAUCAACAUUAGAUAAAAACGAAGAAAGAGCAUGCGAAUUUUUUGGAUCUAAUUACGAUCAAUUAUUAUUAGAGCCUCUAUCAGUUCAAAUAGAAAAAAUAUUAAAUAAAUUAAAUCAGGUCCGAAUUUAUUUUGAUAUUUUCUUAAACAAUUUACAAAAUGACAGGGUUAUCAAUAAACUUGAUCAGUUAAAUCAAGAUUUGUUAAAGCUUAGCGAAGAUCUCAUAGACUCGAAAUCAAAUUGUUUAAAGAACAUAAAUCAACAAGAGAUCACAUCAAUUAUACAACAAAAGCAUUCAUUAAGUGUUGGUCUUGCAAGAGUAGGUGGCUCCAUUAGUUUGUUUGGUCUUGCUUCAUUAUCAAGUGACACUGAUCCAAAAGCUGUUAAAUCAAGCUAUAUAUCUUAUCAUAAAAUAUUUUGGAUUGCAAGAAAUUUAGAUAUAUCAAUUCGUAACUUAUAUAGCCUAUUUGAAGAUAAUCUCAAUAUAGUUUUAAAUAAACUUAGCAUCAUUUAUGAACACCCUAUGGAUUUAACCAAUAUCAAAGAUGUCUAUGAUUCCAUUUCAAAGUUUUCAAAUAAUUUAGAGAUCGAAGUAGUUCCUUUAGGUGAACCUCCAUCAACAAAAGACGUAAAAAAGAAUGCCUCAUUAAACAAAUUAAAAUUUCCAAAUAUAGAAGCACCAAAUUUCUUUCAAAUUCCAAUCUUCCCAAUACAAUCUUCAAACAACAAUAAUGGAAACACCAAUAUUAAUAAACAAAGCUAA